GGAUCGGCAUCCUCCGUGGCUUUGGUGGAGCAGCCCGAUCGCGCCACUGAGCUUCCUGAUGAGCUCCUGGCGGUGGCAUUCUCCGCCAAUGGCAAGUACAUCAAUGUGGCUUUGCUGAACCACACCAUUGUGGUUCUCUUCGAGGACUCGUUGAAGUUCUACCUUUCCUUGUACGGCCACCGCUUGCCGGUCAUGGCUUUGGAUGUCUCCGACGACUCGCAGAUGAUUGCCUCAGGCUCAGCGGACAAGAACGUCAGGCUCUGGAGCACUCAGUUCGGCAACUGCCUGAAAUCCCUGAAGGCACACGAGGAGAGUGUGAUGCAGGUCAAGUUCCUACCAGGGACGCACUACCUUGCCACGGCCGGGCGCGAUCACAAGCUGAAGCUCUGGGAUUGCGACUCCUACGAGCUCAUCACGGCUCUUCCGGGCCAUGCCUGCGAGAUCCUCGCCAUGGCUUUGAGCCAG